AAAGACGGCCUUACUUCGAGAACCAUCGGUGACCUCUGACCUGAGCAGGGAUUGUCAUGCUCGUUGCAAGAUCGGUGCGGAUUUUAAGCGAUCAAAAUCUGACAUUAUCACGCGAUAAAUAUAACAUCAAAAGUAAUUCUUAACUUUUUAUGAAAGAGGAGACCUCCAUUGAACACCAGACCUGAAGCUAUGUCGAAAACUUCGGUUGGAUAUGGAAAAAGUCCAGGUGCAUACAAAGAUAAGGAGAAGCCGUUUCAGAUACGUGAAUCGAACAUAUCCGCUGCAAAAGCUGUUGCCGAUGCAGUCAGAACCAGUCUGGGGCCUCGCGGCAUGGACAAAAUGAUACAGAGUGCCAACGGUGACGUGACUAUAACCAACGAUGGAGCCACUAUUCUCAAACAGAUCCAAGUGCUUCAUCCAUCAGCCAAAAUGCUGGUAGAGUUGUCUAAGGCCCAGGACAUUGAGGCAGGAGAUGGCACCACCUCUGUUGUAGUCAUUGCUGGAAGUCUCCUCACAGCUGCAUCCAAACUUCUUAGCAAAGGAAUUCAUCCCACCACAAUUUCGGAAUCUUUCCAACGAGCUUCUGGGAAAGCUGUUGAGAUCCUGACUGACAUGGCCACACCGGUUGAUCUGAACGACCGCGAGUCUCUCGUCAAGAUCGCCAGUACAUCACUCAAUUCUAAGGUUGUAUCCCAGUACUCAGGCAUGCUGGCCCCCCUGGCAGUGGAUGCUGUGCUGCGUAUCGUUGACCCCAAGAAACCCGACAAUGUAGACCUAAGGGACGUCAAAAUCAUCAAGAAACUGGGUGGUACCAUUGAGGAUACCGAGCUGAUUGACGGUUUAGUGUUCUCCCAGAGGACAGCCGGCAGCGGUGGCCCUACCAAGAUGGAGAAGGCUCGGAUUGGUCUCAUCCAAUUCUGCCUCUCACCACCAAAAACAGACAUGGACAAUCAAGUUGUGGUAUCUGACUAUGCCCAGAUGGACCGUGUCCUACGAGAGGAGAGGGCCUACAUCUUGAAUCUUGUCAAACAGAUCAAGAAGGCUGGUUGCAAUGUGUUGCUCAUUCAAAAGUCAAUCCUGAGGGAUGCCUUGAAUGACUUGGCUCUACAUUUCCUGACUAAGAUGAAGAUCAUGGUGGUCAAGGACAUUGAGAGAAGCGAUAUAGAAUUCAUCUGCAAGACCAUCAACUGCAAGCCCAUUGCCAGUAUAGACCACUUCCAACCAGAGAUGCUGGCCAAUGCUGAACUGGUCGAGGAGGUCACAACAGGAACCAGUAAAGUGGUUAAGAUCACAGGCAUAGCCAACCCAGGCAGGACGGUCACUGUCCUGAUCCGUGGCUCCAACAAACUAGUCCUUGAGGAAGCAGACCGCUCCAUUCAUGACGCUCUCUGCGUCAUCCGCUGCCUGGUCAAAGAGAAGGCACUCAUCGCCGGGGGUGGGGCUCCAGAGAUCGAAGUCGGCCAACGCAUGUCGGAGUACGCCCAGGGUCUGACGGGAAUGGAAGGCUACUGCUUCAGCGCCUUCGCUGAGGCCCUAGAGGUUAUACCCUCCACCCUGGCUGAGAACGCUGGUCUGAAUCCUAUCUCGGUGGUGACGGAGUUGAGAAACAGACACGCCCAUGGGGAGAAAACAGCUGGGAUUAACGUGCGCAAGGGGGCAAUCACGAACAUCUUGGAGGAGAAUGUAGUCCAACCGUUACUAGUAUCAACCAGUGCUAUCCGGCUAGCUGCGGAAUGUGUCACAAGCAUCAUGAAAAUAGACGACAUCGUCAUGACGAUGUAGAGUGGUGUAUCCUAUGGAGUGCUUCAGUCCUGUAUUUAAAUGUUUGGUAGCUGUAUGGUCCAUGUGUGCUCGCCAUCAAGACAAACAGUUUCUUUGCUGGCAGUGUUCUCAUGCGUGCUAAAUGUCCUCGUGCACCAAUUUAUUGCUGACAGUAUUAUCAACCGGAGGUUUCAUUCGGUGUGAAUAUUACACAGUGGUGAGAUUGGGGGGAAAUAAUCGGCUGAGGGUCGCCAAAAAUUCCAGAGCAAUUUUGGGUAAUUGGAUAUGUUUGUAUUUGUGUAAAGGCACCCCUUAUAAUACCCUUUUCGUUUUGUUUUAUACAAACUUUCAAAGGUAAAAAGACCUUUAGGGUAAAACCUUGGGGAUGUCGAAAGGGAUUUUAUAAAAAUCCUGACAUCAGGAAAAAAUCCUGACAAAUUUACAAGGGUUUUAAAGUGCUGAUUCUACAGAACCUUUAGCCGCUGUAUCGUUCAACAAGCAUGAAGGUCUUUUGGAGUCGACAGAAUUCUAAUGUUGGUCUUGCUUCAUCAAAAUAAGGCUGCAUCCGAAUCAGCUGUCUUAGAGCUAGGUCUUGGUCUGCGUCCAUUGAAAAUACGCGGGGACACGCUGACAAUAGACAUAGCUGUAGCUCUGGAAGCCCGUUUCGGACACGGCCUAAGCUCGUUCUGAGCCUAGAAUUGCCUUGAAUCCUUAGACAAUAAUUUUGUGGUUUCAACAUUUGUAUAGAAGUUCUCUAUGUUUUUUUGGUUUUUUGCCUUUUAAUUUUAUUUAGGCCUUAAGGCCUAUUUGUUUACUUUUGUACAAACUUCAUUUCAUAUACUAUGUCACAUUACCUAAAGUCUGCUUGCUUGUGUAACUGUCCCAUGUUACUGCACACCAAAACAACGAAAUUGAGCUUUAAAAAAAGAAUUUCAAUAUGUUUUUGCAGGACAAUUCAAGGCAUUUUUAUGAAAUGAUACAGAACUUGGGAUGUCAAGGCUUGUGCAUAGUCAUAAUAUUGCAAAUCUUGGUCUGCGAUUUUGACUGAUUUAUAGUUUUUGCACAGGUGCUUUAGAAACCGACGUUAUAUAAUUCAUAAAAACCGAGACAGUUUGUGGUCGGUAAUAUAGUUGUGGUCAGUAAUGUUCAAAACCAGUUGCCAGACGCCAUAGUUUGACACCUAUACUUUUUGUGUGCAAUGUCUGGGCAGUUAUUAAUCCAUUAGCACCUUUACUACUACAUUGUAUUACAUUGCAUUUACAUUGUAUCACAUUGUAUCACAUUGUAGUUACAUUGUAUUACAUUGUAUUUAUACAACCAUAGUGUGCUGGGGUGGUUUAGGGUGGCACAGGGACUGAUGGGUUAAGAAGCUUUCACUCCAUUGACGAAAUGGACUUUAAAAAAUAUUAGCUGUCUUUUUGUGUGUGUGUGUGUAACACGUUUGAUACCUUUUUUGGUGUUCAUAAUUGAGUGAAUCUGUGAACAAGUGAAAAAUUAAAAGUGGAAACAAAUAAAAUCAG